AUGCUUGGAGUGCGCAUUGUGGACUGUCAUGAGCGCUAUCUUGGCUUGCCAACAAUUGCAAGGAGCAGCAAAAAUCAGAUGCUUAAGCAUGUGCGUGAUAUGCUUUGGAGUCGACUUAAUGUGAGGAAUGCAAAAUUGCUUUCGGUAGCAGGGAAGGAUGUUUUGAUUAGAGCUGUUGCCCAAGCUCUUCCCACCUAUACUAUGGGGGUCUUUCAAUUGCCGCCGCAAUCCUUAUGCCAUGAUUUAUCGGCCACGGUUGCGAGAUUUUGGUGGGUUAAAGCAGGAAAUAAAAGCAUACACUGGAAAAGUUGGAGAAAACAAUGUAGGACUAAAUGUUUUGGCGGGUUGGGUUUCAAAAAAUUUAAAGCCUUUAUCAAAGCCAUGGUGGCGAUGCAGGAAUAUUUGAAAAAUCCUAAUUCUUUGGUAGCCCCAAUACUGAAAGGCAGAUAUAUCCCCGAAACAGAUUUCUUGCAUGGAUUGGGGAAUUUUCUCUCUGGUAUGAAAUAG